AUGUCAGUGUCUCCAGAGCCUGCCGGCGAUGAAGAAAAACCCGUUUGCUGGAGAUGUCGGAUUGGUGGCCGAAACUGCCUCCGGCCUAACAAUUCCGCGGCCCAACCCGCGCGUCCAAGACGGACCUCGAUUUACGAGAAGGCAUCUCAAAGAGCCUCGCCUGGUACUAGUGGCCCGGCGCAGUUACCAACCCUGAACGACGUGCGGGACAAUGUUGAUCCAUCUCCCAUAGUGGCUCCUCCUCCUGCGCAGAGCAUCAGCAGCUCACCUGAUUCGGGAGUAACAGGUAUAACAACUACUCCAUCAACAGUUGUUCCAAGUGUCACCGUACCCACAUCGCUCGCUGAAGGGACCGCUCCGCCCGGAGAGGCCGACCUAGCUGCGUCGGCCCUCUUCGAUGUUCAGACCCUGCAGGGAAUCCAACUUCAUCUCGACCAUAGCGACAUUAAAGCUGCUUCGCCCACUACACAAGGCUCCAUACCCCCGUUCACUGUAUCCAAGGAAGAGGAAACUUUGCUCCAGCACUAUGUGCGCCGUCUGGCAAAAUGGGUGCGGUUCUCUGACGCCGACCGACACUUCACUAUCACGGUGCCACAUCUUGCACGUCGCUCUCCAAUCCUUCUGAAGGCGGUCUCGGCUUUGGCAGCGCGGCAUCUUUGCUGCUUGGGAAGCUGGGAUUCCGCUAUUGCGGAGGAUUAUCACAAGCAGUGCAUCGGGUUGCUGAUACCCGCGCUGGGGGAUCCCAACGCUGCGACUGAUGAUACCCUAUUCGCAGCCUUGGUCCUGCUAAGACUGUACGAGCAUCUGGAUGUGUCCGACAGCGGCCGGGAUUACGAGCACCAUCUCAAAGGCGUAUCAGCGAUGGUCACCUCCACGAUCCGCAAUCCCUGGGCCGGUUCAGGCUCCGGGCUGAAAUGGGCGGCAUUUUGGUGUUGUUUUCGACAAUCCGUCUACCCCGCCUGUGUCUACCGGCAAUCGCUGAAGUUCGACAUCUCCGGCUCCAACAUCGAAGUCAGAUUGUCAUCCCCGGCUACUGGCGUGUUGCCGACGGUAGAGGAGGAGUCAGAAUGGUGCCACUGGAUAACAUGGAUUCUGGGCCAGGUUGCUGAUUUCUGCUUUGGAACGAGGUCGCUUGAGAUGACGCCGACUGAGGAGGAAGAGGCAUGGAAUGGAUUGGUGCAGACGUUAGACAUGUGGGAGGCCGAUAAACCGAAGAGUUUUCUACCGGUAGCGUGUAAUGAUCGGGAACCGGAACAAGGGAGAUGGUUCCCCGAGAUAUGCUUCGGAAGCGAAUGGCACGGUGUGUUCUACGUGGGUGAAUCUCCAGAAGAAGAACCUAUUUUCGCUAACCACAAUCGAACGGUAGCAAUGGCUGCGGCGCAGUCCUUGGCCGCGCGAAUCCUGCUCGAUGUUCACCAUCCGCAGACACGGAAGAUUACCAUUGGAGAAUUCGGCUUUCUUAGGGCAAGACAGCAACUUGAGGUCCGUACCCGCAAGUGGCAUGUUUCGUAUCCUUACUCAUGGAGGCGCAGGGAAAGAUGGAUUGUGAAUGCGCUGAAGGUGGACUGGGAUGUUGACUGGGUGGACGAGUAA